AAUAUUUUUGGUCCGUUAAAUUGAUUUUUGGAUAUUAGUAGUAGUUCGUUAACCAACUGAACCAUACUGGUUUAUUACCCUUCUUGCCCCAAAAGGUAACCGAAAACAGCCAAUAAGGAGUAAAAAAUAAACAGAUAUAAUGGGAUAGUUUCAACUUGCCAUCCUCUCCGUCGAUCACCGACCGACUUAUUCCCCCCAAAUUCCCCCAAAUUCCAACCUAAUAAAAUCAAUUUCGCUCCAGCGCCGUCGCCCCGUGCCGCCCGCAUUCAACACUCUGUUAUAUUAUUCGAAUGGAACACCAGGAUAAUGAAUACGAUGAGCAUGAACACGAAGUUUACGGAGGUGAAAUACCUGAUGAAGAAGGUGAGAUGGAUGCCGAAUAUGACACUGCUGCUGCCGCUGAAUCUGAGGAUGACCCUAAUGCUAAGGAGUUAGAGAAUAUGAAGAAGAGAUUGAGGGAGAUUGAAGAUGAAGCAGGUGCUCUUCGCGAAAUGCAGGCCAAGGUUGAGAAAGAAAUGGGCUCUGCACAAGAUCCAACUGCUUCUGCUAGUCAGGCGGAGAAGGAGGAGGUGGAUUCGCGAUCUAUUUACGUCGGUAAUGUAGAUUACGCUUGCACGCCUGAGGAAGUGCAACAGCAUUUCCAAUCCUGCGGCACUGUUAACAGGGUAACUAUCCUGACGGACAAGUUUGGCCAGCCGAAAGGCUACGCAUAUGUUGAGUUUGUCGAAAUGGAGGCUGUUCAAAAUGCACUUCUAUUAAACGAAUCAGAGCUUCACGGGCGGCAGUUGAAGGUAUCUGCUAAGCGGACAAAUGUUCCUGGUAUGAAGCAAUUCCGAGGAAGGCGAUUUAAUCCUUAUGCAGGAUUCCGCCCUCGACGUGCGUUCGUUCCUGGUGCUCCAGUAUUUCCACCUUUUGGAAGGGUUCCAAGGUUCAGACGCCCCAUCCGCUACAGGCCAUACUAGUGGAUUUUGCUUGGGAUUGCUGGCCUUCCUGAGAGAAGCAUGGGGCUCGCUUUGUGAAAGAGGCAUCUCCGUGUUUUACUCUUUGGUUUCCUUUGGGAGGGCAAAGGAUGUUAUAAUUCAAAUUUACUGUACCAUUUAAGUCAUGACUUAAGGGGGCUGACAUAAUUUCAGCUCCGUCAUCAUGUUUUGGAUUUGUGGGAAUACAGAAGUUUUUUCCAUUACUGGCUUGCUCAGGUGCUUGCAUUUUGAGCAGCAAAAGGAAAAGACAAACCAAAUAGAUUAUUGUUGUAGAUGGUUAUAUUCUCUUUGAAUUAUGUCCCCUGAUUUUACCAGGGAAUUGAAAGGUGUGUUUUUAUGUU